GUUGGUUGGUAAUGGUAAGGCCAAUAAGGCGGUGGCGAAACUGGCGAACGGCGAUCACACGGGAUCCACGGUGAUCUUAGCAAUUUUGCAAAAUCGUGUAUGUAAACAAUGCUAGAGAGAGUGUGAGAAAAAGAGACGGAGACGGACAGACCGGACAGUUUUGACAAAGAAACUGGGCUUGUGAGGCGAGACUCUUUGACGAUACAAAAUUACAAACAGUCCAGGGGAGAGUCGUCUGUUAUCUCUGACAGGAGGCGCUUUCUUUCAUAACAUAAAAGUACGACGUUUUGCAUUUCCACUUCGCAUAUUUGCAUUUGCACGUGAAAGACACAGGAGAAACAGGACGUGGGAGGUCUUGAAUUAAAGUUUUCUUGGAAUAAAGGUGUGAAUUUAUUGAAGUUAAAAAAAGCAAUGGGAAAAUAUAAGAUCAAGAUUGGUAUAAUUGGUGGCUCUGGUUUGGACGACCCCGACAUUCUUGAUGAUCGUGUUGAGAAAAAGGUGACCACUAAGUUUGGGGAUCCUUCGGACGUACUCAUCGAAGGAAAAAUUGGUGGACAAGAGUGUGUCCUUCUUGCUAGACAUGGGCGCCGCCACUCCAUCAUGCCGUCCGCAGUCAAUUUCAGAGCCAACAUUUGGGCUUUGAAGGAUGCUGGCUGCACUCACAUUUUGGCUUCGACUGCCACUGGUUCUCUGAGGGAAGAAAUUUGUCCGGGACACUUGGUUGUCCUAGACAGUUUUAUUGACCGCACAACGAAACGAGCUCAGUCCUUCUACGAUGGGACCUUGGAGGAAGGUGUGUGCCAUUUGCCUAUGUACCCUGCUUUCUGUGAAGAGACCAGGAAAUUAAUUAUUGGACUGCUGACUAAGAAUGGCGUCACACACCACUCAAAGGGGACCUGCGUCUCAAUCGAAGGUCCGCGAUUUUCCUCCAGGGCAGAGAGCAACAUGUUCCGCUCCUGGGGUGCGGAUGUUAUCAACAUGACAACUUGUCCUGAAGUUGUGUUGGCCAAGGAGGCUGGAAUUUGCUAUGCAGCUGUUGCCAUGUCCACUGAUUACGACUGCUGGCGUGACCACGGAGACACAGUCUGUGUUGCGGACGUGCUUGCCACAUUCAAGAAAAAUGCUGAGAAAGUGACAGCUCUGUUCAAAGAAGCUGUUCCCUUGAUCGGGAAUCAAGGUCACUGGGACGACAUUAUUGACAACCUUAGAGGCACUGUCGAAGGAAGCAUCAUGAGGCCCAGCCACUAAAAUGGUGUGAAAGAAGUCAUUCAAUUAUUUGAUUCCUAUUAAAUAAAAAUUUUGAUUCUUUAAAAGAAACAAAAUUGAUUGUCAAAGUU